AUGAUUUCUUGAGAUCUAUUUAGAAAGCAGACAACAAAUUUGAUCUUAUUUUUAACUACUUGGAAAUUCCCAUUUCAGUUGAAUCUCUCCGUUAUUCGAUUUGUCUAGCAUUUGGAAAAGGAUUUCACAAAUUGAUGGCAUAACUCCUUCGUUUUCAAUGCGAUGAGACUGUUAUCUUAUUGGUUCCAUUGAGUUUCAGUUCAGUUUUGUGACUUUACGUACAGGCCGCCAAGUCCAGACUUCACAUGCUAGGUUUGACAGAACCUCAGUGUACUGAGUGCCAUGAACACGUCAGAUAUCCUCUACCUCAGUGAUGCCCAACCUAAUUCGACCUGCGGGCCGUUAUAAUUUCUGACACUCGUGUUGCGGGCCACAUGAACGAAAAGGCCAAGAAUUUACUAGAAUGCCAGGAGAACGCUGGCAGAAAAUACAGGAGUUGGUAAAAUCAAAUGAUGCUAUUGUGAAACUACGUGACAAGCCUCUGGAGUCCUCGAAAAUACAAAGUUCACUAGAAAGCAUAGCAGCUGCCCAAAAACUCAAGUCUUCUUUUCCACAAAGUGCCUCUGCUGAGUCUUGGCUGAAGAAAGGGCUGAUGCAAGCUACAAAUGCUAUUACAGCCCCGACCAUGCAGGAGGCCCGUUUAACGCCGACCCCAUCAUUAAGUCGUCUUGUAGCCCCUACAGUAGACUUGAUGGCAUGUGUAUCCUUUGGACAUUCCAACUUCAAAGUAGAGAAAGAAGUGCUGACUGAAAUAGAAGAUGAGAUCGGAUCUAUACUGAAGGACAUCGUUCAUAACCCUAACAGCUCUAAGGAACUUCUUAGUACAAUUAUGCAAGCCGUCAAGUCGGCACUGGUGACUCUAUCAAAUCAUUUGUUAGCGGACAAAUACGCAGAGUGUAGAGUUUGUAAAGGAUGGAAACUCGAUAGACCAAUAAUACAGUUUACGCUGUGUUAUAUCUCCUGUAAUGAUAGUUCAUCUCAGGCCAUCAAGAUACCAAAUACUAAAUAUGUCAUCUUUAACUAGAACUCAACCCAUGUCAUCGAUGUAGCGAUGUCCAUUUAUAUCAUCUUCAACUAGAACUCAACCCAGGUCAUCGAUGUAGCGAUGUCCAUACAUAUCAUCUUCAACUUGAACUAAACCCCAGUCAUCAACAUAGCGAUGUCUAAUUAUGUCAUAUUUAACUAGAACUCAACCCCAGUAUUCAACGUAGUGAUGUCUACAUAUGUCAUCUUUAACUAAAACUCACCCCCUAAGUGUUUACCAUUGAGAAGCUGUUUUUUGUUGAUGUACUUGAGUAUGUAGAGACUAGAUAUUGUACAUCACCAAAGAGAAGUUUUUAAUGAUGUUUGAGCGAAGGAAUCAAGUUUUGUUCACCUGUCCAAGCAUAUUUUUUGUGACUUGUUAAAUAUCGCUAUUGAUUAUUAUUGCUAUAUUAUAUAGUGCUUCUUAACUUUUUUUCUGUAUAAUGUAUAAUGUAAUGUAUUGUAAAUAAAAACAUCCCUAGGUAUCA